AUGUGUGAUGCAAGCGAUGUAGCAGUUUGGAGCCAUGCUGGGUCAGAAAAAGGGAAACCUAAUAACCCCAUUUCUUAUGCGUCAAAGACACUGAAGGAGUGCAAGGAACACUACACCACUACAGAAAAAGAAAUGUUAGCGGUAGUGUUCGCCAUUGAAAAAUUCAUAGCUUAUCUAGUUAGUACGUUAGCAACAAUUUACACAGAUCACUUCGCUAUUAAGUUCAUGAUGGGCAAGAAGGAUACAAAGCCUAGAUUGAUUUGUUGGAACAAAGGCAUACAACUGGGUCAAGCUGAGAUUCGAGAUGCGUUACCUGAUGAACGCAUAUUUAGAGUUGAGGAAAAGGAACCAUGGAUUGCUCUUAAAGUUCUUCAGUGUGGGUAUUUCUGGCCCACGCUUUUCAAAGAUGCAAGGGAAUAUGUACUAAAGUGCGACCCUGCCAACUCACGAUUCUGUGGACAACAAUACAUCCUAGUAGUAGUGGAUCAUGUAUCUAAAUGGGUUGAAGCAGUAGUGUGUGCCAAAAAUGAUACGGUGACUGUUUCAAAGUUUCUGACCAGAAACAUUUUCACGCACUUUGGGACGCCAAAGGUGCUGAUAAGUGAUGAAAGUGCACAUUUUCUUAACCGUAUCAUUUCUAAGUUGCUUGCCGAAUAUAAUGUCAGGCACAAGAUAACUACCGCAUACCACCCACAAACCAAUGGGCAAGCUGAAAUAUCCAAUGGAGAAAUCAAAUCGAUACUGGAAAAAGUUGUCAACGCAUCUAGGAAAGAUUGGGCACAAAAGCUUGAUGAAGCUCUUUGGGCAUAUAGAACUACUUACAAAACACCCAUAGGUAUGUCUCUUUACUCUUUGGUAUUUGGAAAGGCGUGUCAUUUACCUUUAGAAUUAGAGCAUAGGGCGUUCUGGGCAGUAAAGAAGCUAAACCUAAACCUGGAAGUCAUGGGAGAAAACUGUAAGUUGCAACUCAAUGAACUUGAUGAGUGGCGGCUCAACGCUUAUAAGAACGCAAAAAUAUACAAAGAGAAGACCAAGCGUUGGCAUGACCAAUGCCUCAACCUCAGAAAGCUAAAAUCCAGAUGGUCAAGACCAUUCAUCAUUAAGGUAAUCUUUCCUCAUGGAGCCAUGGAACUUAUGCGAGAGGAUGGUACAAACACAUUCAAUGUGAAUGGGCAGUGA